CAUUUGUUGUGCCAUGGAAUCGCUCAAGGAUAUGCUCGCGCUGCUCAAACAGCGCGAGACUGGCGCGUUUCCGGGGCCCGGUGCGUCCGGUGCCCUUCAGCUUCAACCGGGGCAUGUGUCUGCGAUGCAAAGUGGAGAUCGGGGGAUUGUUGCGAAUUCGACUUGUGAAAUGAGUCCGUCUGGCGGUCUCUCAGCUCCUAACUUGAUCGCAAAUUCCCACGUCUCCCCUGACCAGGGAGCACCGCUGCCAGCUUGCCCGACGCUGAGGCCAGGCAUCCCGGCUGCGGCAGCUACUCCAGCUGCUUCGCCAGGCUCGGGACUGGGUUUGCCGAGUCUGCUGGCUUCUCUAAAUAGUUUGAAUCACUUUUUGAGAGGUCCAGUCGACGCAGAGCAAAAAGCGAAUAUUCUGAACCCGCUGAUCGGUUCGCUGCGCCUUCUUCAGGAGCGGUUGCCGGCGGGGGGCCAGCCCCAUUUUGGGAUGCCGCCUGGCAGUUUGGCUUUCCCGGGGGCGCCUCAGUCCGGCCUGGCCCGUCCCUCGUCCUCGGCGCCUGUGCCGCCUCCUGUGCAUGCAAACAGGGCAGCGCAAGAGACGAUCAGUUCUCUUGUUCAAAAGGAAACAUUGACCGAGCAGACGACUCUCCCUGACACACGAGAACAGCUCUCGGGCUCGUACGCGGGGCAGCUCGCGAACGUAGGCAGUGCCGCGGGGAACCUCCACGAAGGGAGGGAGACCGAGGGCAACGAUCGAUGUGUGCAGACUCUUCUGUCCCCUCAGGAGCGGCAGAAAUUUGUUCAGCUUCUUCUCCAAGAAUGCAUGCGACGAACGGCGGGCUUGCGCGCCACGGGGGCACCACCGGCGAUGACAGUGCCGAACCUUUUGACGCCCCUGGGGCGAGGCCUGCACAGGCCAGAAACUCCCGCAACCGCUCAGGCCUUUUUUGCCGCCGCUGCGCCUGUCGCACGGCCGGUGAACAUGCCGUCUCCACCAGAUUUGUACGCGAGAACGGGGGCGAAGGAAGGUCUUUCUGACGGGUCGCCAAGUUGGGGAGGCAACCGGGGAGAUCACGAAGCUGCGCAAAUCGCCGCUGGCCAGGUCUCCCGAGAGAGACUGUGGACAUUGCUGCAGCAGCAGCAUUUUCUGGCGUAUCAAGCGCUACCAAAAAACCAGGCUUCGGCCGCGCAGGCAGCCUACCUUUCCUACUUGUCCCGGCCUGCAAAUGGAGCGCCACACUCUCAUGGACCCGGAGCACCCUUCAGGCACUCGUCGGAAGCUUCGCCGGCCAUACCCUCUGGACCGGCAGAAGCGCAAUCCGGCGAGAAGUCGCCGUGUGCCUCUCCCUUGCUACACAGACGCGCCGGCAAGGCUUCAAGAAGGCGGUUGACUGGGCCGGCGGUCUCCAAGGCCUCCAGGGCGCACCCCCUGCAUCUGGGCGAGGCCCCGCGUUCCGCGGGCGAUACGGCGGAUACGCCUGCCGUGCAGCUGGCGAGAAAACGAGCGCGUUCUGUCUCAGGCCUGAAGAAAAAACGCCAAAGACAGGCGCCGGAGGAGACCCUGGCGCCAGAGCCGCCUCCCGACAAGGAGAACGCGGAGGCUGCCGCAGCGACUGCGGCUGCUGUUGCCGCGGCGGUUGCGGACGCGCUUGUGGUGUCGCCGACUGGCGCUGGAGCCCAAGAAGACUUCACAGGCUGGGUCAGGCGGUCGGUGCGGCCUUCGCGCCCCACCUUCCGCGUGCGAUGCGCAGACUGUGGAGGCCGGGCCAGUCAGUGCCAGUGUCGGGGGCGGUUCGCCGGGGCUCUUCAUGCGCAGAGAGCGCGAGUUGGCCUCCAGGGUGAGGCAGGCCGGGAGACUUCCGAAAACGGAGGAGGCGAAGAUGGCGACAGCUUCCCAAGCUCUGCGCCGCAGAGCAUAAACAAGAAACGCCGCGUCAGUGGGAAAGCUGCGAGCGACGAACGGAACAGAGCCGAUGGCCUGCGCGCGGUCGGCGAGGGGCCUGUUGGGGUCAAGGGGGAACCUGCGGAAGAAGGAGAUGCGUCUCCACUUACGGUGUCACUUCCGCGCGGGAAGGCCGCGCCAGCAGGAGCCUCAAAGUCGAGUACUGCAGCUCGCCCUUGGGGGGGUGGUGCACAUGGAAUGGAGGCGUUUGAAAUCCACCCGACGAUGCUUGCAGACUCGCCAGAAAGGCCCGAGAAAGCGGCGGAGAGACCUGGCGUCGUGGGGAAAAAGCGAGUGCCGAUGACAUGCCCUGCACACAAACAGAGUUCUCCAAAAGGCGACCCGAGCAGGCGGAACUGUGGGAAUCACCGACCCCCUGAUUCAGACCUAGCUUGUUCGACGAAGUCCGACGUUUCGGGGCAUCUACAUACGCCGCCUGUCCCUAAGAGGGGAAGCGAGUUGGCGUCGAACAGUCAGACUGCAGGAGGCAAGGGAGGCAACCUCCAGCACCACAGGGGAUUGCCGAAAACGCAGACGGAGCGCUGCGGAGUCCAGGCCGAGGACAAGUCCUGCUUGAGGCUCGUGUCACCUUUCUUUGCAAAUCUGAGUGGCCUGUCCAGCCUCCGAUCCCUCCAAGUUCACCGGCCGCGACCUGCGGCGUCGGAGAAGACUGCGAGCAGGACGGCGCGACUUUUGAGCCAGGCAUGUGUGCCUCCGGGGGCGGCGAGGAAGCCAGGCGGAGGCGCCGCGCUCGUGUGGGGUCCCUGGAAGCCCCGAGGCGUUCUGGAGGAAACUGAGAAGCAGGCGAUUCACCUCGACACUCUGACAGAAGAGUACCACAAAUCAGUGCGUCUGAUUUGCCAACAGGGCGCGUACAUCCUGACAGCGGUCGGGGCGUCGGCGAUCGUCGCCGCGGCCGCCGUGGCGCAUGCAGUGAAAGCCACAGGAGAGUCCGAGGACGAAAACGCGUCGGCGCGACGGCGAAGGAAAGCGAAGUUAACUUUGCACUCGCGAGACUUCCCCAGGAUCGCCUGGUCCACAGUCACGCCUUCUUCUGGGACGAAGAGAAGUUUCGACGAACACGGCAGUGGCGAAACAGGAGGAGAGCAAAGACCGCUACACCCUCAGGUGAAAAGGGAAGCAGCGAAACGCCCGGCAGCCACUGACAGGGAGCUUGGGGAGAGCGAAGGCACAAGAGAGGCUCCCGAAGCAGCCGAUGUCGAGAAAGACGAGUACGCAUGUGAAACAGCGAAGCUUGCCAACGCUGAGACCAAGCAAAGCAUCUGUGGGGAAGAAGACGAAUGCGCCAAAGGGACGAAGGGGGUCCAUGACGACCGGGAGGGAACAGAUGGAGGGCGAGGCGCCGCAGACGGCUUCACAUCUGGCUUGCGAAAAGAGAGAAGUGGAAACGACGACUGGGCUCCUUCACGGGGCAAGGCGUACACCUCUCCAUCGGGAUCAGCUGCGGAGCUCGAGAACCGGUGGAUGAUCUAUCCGCGCAUGGCUCGCGAUGCGUUCUGCUUUCUUGCGGCAGAACGACAAACUGAGAGCGCGCAACAGCUUCUCUGCUCUCCCGCCGAAGAUGAAGAAGUGGAGAUUCCGUGCGGCUUCGCCUUUUCUCGACUUCCGACAGCGGCAGAGCUCGACGGACCGUGUUCGUCAGACAGCCCUGCGUCCUCUGGCCGGUCUUCGCCGCCCGCGCAGCCUCCCUGUGAUGUUCCGGCCACCGCGUUCCUGGCUUUAUCGUGGUGCAUGCAUGCGUCUGCAAAUCGGGACAUCCUGAAGGCGGUCCUCGUGGCUGCAGGGUGCAGCCUUUUCGCUUGCUCCUCCUUUUCAGGUUUCUUCUUUUUCCGGCCGUCGGCGCCUGUCUCAGGCGCGAGGAAAAUUGCCCCAGACCCCGCAGAGGCCUCGCUUCGCGCGGUGCCUUUCGCGGAGCCACUCCCAAGCCGAGAAGGCGAUGCAUGUGCAGCAAGCGGAACUCGUCGAGACGCAGGCCGAUUCGCCGACUCCUCUCUGCAUGCAUGUGGAAUGCUCUGGAGUCUUCUGAGAGAAUGCGGGGGAGUGCCGUGCUCUCCCCCCUUGUCCAAGAGGCACCGAGAUCUUCUCUGGCGCCUGAAAGAAAUCCUCCCCGCGUCUCCACUCCCUGUCGCCCCGAUGGAGGAAGCCGUCUGUCUCUCUGCUUCUCACGCCUCGCCUUGUUCCGAGGCGGUGGCGGCUUCGUGCGGAGUUUUAGCUACCCUUUUGCAGCUUUCGCUCUCCUCGGCUGGGCGGUGGAUUUUCGUUUCGCGAGACGCCUGGGCGACCCACUUGGUGGCUUCGUCGCAGAUGGCGAAGCUCCACUUCUCGCCUGGCAUCGUCCAUUCCUCGCUACGAACGUGCAAGCUGCUGCGCGACGGCGUCGAGCUUGUGCCUCGCAUGCUCUCAGCCGAGGCGGUCGCGUCUCUGCAUGCAGACAUUCUCCAUCACUUCGGCCUUCUCAUGGAUCGCGUUCUCACCGUGCACCAACACUGGCCCGUCGUCCCUCCCGCGACUUCGCUGUUCAAGUACAACGGCGUCGCCUGUCGAAACUCGCCUCUGCGCGUUGAUGUGAACCUCUCCGAGGCGCACUGGGAGUGGGGAGACGGCGAACUCCGAAGGGUCCACCUCCAACUCCAGCAGCGAGUUCUUCUUCUCACCCGUCUGGCUGGCACAGAAAUUGGCAAACGCUUCGGCAGCUGGCAACGCCCCUCGAACGCUUUGUGCGGAUCGUCCUUUUCUUCUGGCGCUUCUCCUUCUUCGUCUGCUCGCUCUUGUUCUUCUUCAUGUUCGGCGUCCGAGGGAGAGACGGGGGCGAGAGGCGACAAACCAGAGCGGCAACGCCCCAGGGAAACCGGAGACAGGGAACGAGAGGAAGCAUGGCGCGCGAUCACGUUCGGAUACAUUGUCUCCAUCGGUCCACAUGCAAACGACCAGAAAGUCCACCACGACUACCACCAGGAGGCCUUCGAGCGCAACAUUGUGAAUGCGUUCUUCCCCCUUGUGGACAUUUCCCCCGAGAACUCUGCCACUACCUUCCUCAUCUCCGGAUCGAAACUUCAGUCGUGUGCCGCCGCAGGGGACCUAAUUCUCAUGGACAAUACGGUGCGCCAUUACGGCUCUCAGCACCCUGCCCCGACUGUCAGGCCGCUGAUCUACUGCUCCCUCGCCGACCGACGAACUACGCGAACUCGCGAGGCAGUUGGAAAGAAAACACACUUCUACAACUGGCACCAGUACCCUCGGCUCCCUGGAGCGAAGCAACAAGACAGAGUUGUUCGACAGGCUGACGAGCCAGAAGCAGCUGAAGACGGUGGCGCACCGUCGACUGGGGGAGACGCCUUGGAAGAAGGUCGGAAGGAGGAAAACAGAGGCGAAGCCGCUGAACAGCGACCGGCCUCCGGGGACAAAGAGGCGCUGGAGUGCGAGGGAAAAACGACUGAAGCUGAAGAAGCAAUCGAAAGCGCCGCACCGGAAGAAAAGGCAGUCGAUAACGGUGAAGUCGACGGCGGCGAGACGCGCCAAGGUGGAACUCGCGAGAAGAGCGAGACCUGCCGGAAAGGCGACAAGAACGAGAAGGAAGAAGCCGAGCACACGAACGGAGGCGACGGGGGUGUGAAUAAAGACUCGACGGCAGAGCCUUUGAUGCGAAGUCCUGGUCUUGAAGAAGAAAAGCGCGACCAAGAAACGGUUGAAAGCAAGCCGUUUUUCUCUUCGUCGCCUGACACUCGAGAUGUCCUGGACAAGGAGACGGCUUCUCUGCCGCUCUUUCUUCAGAGAAUCCUUGCGUAUCGGCAGUCGCUGGAAAACUGCAAGUAGACCAGGCGCAGUUCCUUUGUCCAGACAGUUCGCAUCUCUGAAUGUUCGCUGAUAUUUCUGCGUCGAGUCGUUUGUGAUUUUCUGUUCGUGGAAAAGUAUUAUUUUUCUGGGGGGCUUCCACGUCAACCCAAGAAGGGGGAUGUUCGACUGAAGGAAAACUUCAUCAACGCUCCCGUGUCUGUGUGCUCGAACCAGCCUCUUGUCUAAACAAGCUUUCGUCUGCAAGAGUGAAAAACUUUAAAGUGGAAAGCCUCCUCCAUUCUGGAUGCGCAUGCCUCUCCGGAGAAAGGCUCUGCGGCAGAACCGAC